UAUGUCAGUCCGGAAUAAAUCCUCGAACAAGUACAGUGCCUAUUAUUGACGAAACCUAUCCGUAUUCCUAGUCCCUCGGGAUACAUUACAGUGGCGACAGGUAGUGAUAAUUUCGCGUGUGCAGUACAUUUAAAUAAAUUAAAAUGUCGAUCGGCAAGCUACACGAAUUUAACGUCAGCAAUGGCGCGUGGUCAUCGUACAUGGAUCGCGUGGAAAUGUACUACAAGGUCAACGCAGUGCAAGACGACAUGAAAGUGCCGGUAUUAAUUGCAGCGAUGGGUGAUGAGGCAUAUGAGCUACUGGAGAACUUGGCCAGUCCUACAAAGCCAGCGGAGCUAACCUUAGAUAAAAUAAAAGAACUAAUGUCACAUCAUUUGCAGCCAACACCGUCGGUUUUAGCCGAAAGAUACCGGUUCCGGCAAAGGCGGCAAAAUGUCGGCGAAAAUGUAGCUACGUAUGUGGCGGAGUUAAAAAGGCUAUCCAAGCAUUGUAAAUUUGGCUCAGAGUUGAACGGUAACCUUAGGGAUCAGUUCAUUUGUGGCUUAAUCAGCGAUUUGAUUAGGCAGCGGCUUUUUGCGGAGGACGACAGCAUAACCUUUGCAGCUGCAGUCAAACUCGCUACAUCAUUGGAGGCUGCAGAGAGGGACGCGGCGAUAGUGGAGCAAGGGAAGGUAACGGGUUCGAGCGGGACGGGAGAUAUGCAGGCCGUUAUGUUUGCGAGUCGGGCGAGAUCGGGCACAUUCAGCGGAGGACAAUCGCGGGCGCCUGUAGUUACGCAACAGCGGCGAAACGUAAAUUCCAAUGGCCGGCAAGAAAGGCACUGCGACGCCUGUGGCGCACGCAGUCAUAAUUACGCGAAUUGCAAGUUCCGGGAUUAUGUGUGCAGCAAGUGUCAGCGUACAGGUCACUUGCGGCGGGUGUGCCCGGACUGGGGCGCGGCUACGGGACCCGCGGGCCGUGGCGGAGCGCGGGCGUCCGGCCGGCGCGGAGGGGCAGCGACGGCGGCGCCGGCGCGGAGUGCCAUGCAUUUUGGGGUGGCCGAUCACGAACCAAGUGAGGAUUACGGCGGAGACAUCGAGGAAGAAUUACAUCACCUAUGUUUAAAUAACUAUCCGGCGAUAUGAGGCGUUGUUCAGCGACGGACUGGGCCGGUACAAGGGCGGCAAGGCGACCUUGAGGGUGCGGGAGGGCGCAGCACCGGUGUUCCAUCGCGCACGCCCGAUGCCCUAUGCGCUGCGCGAGCGCGUGGACGCCGAACUGGACGCCAUGCUGAGCGCCGGCGUCAUCGAGCCCGUCGACUGCUCGGACUGGGCAUCACCACUGGUACCUAUUAAUAAGCCGGACGGUUCGCUUAGAAUUUGUGCAGACUAUAAAACUACCUUCCUUAAAUCCGUAUUUAUUGGUCGAUCGGUAUCCACUCCCUAAAAUAGAAGAUGUUCUUGUUAAUUUAAAUGGCAAUAUGUACUUUAGUAAAAUUGAUCUUUCACAAGCGUACAACCAAGUUGAAUUGGACGACUCGAAACGUUACACGGUUAUAAACACCCAUCGAGGGUUGUUUCAGUACAAUAGACUAGUGUACGGCUUAUCAUCUAGUGUAGGGAUAUUUCAGCGUAUUAUGAUGAAUUUAUUAGGUAACAUACCUAAUGUACAAAUAUUUUUAGACGAUGUUAUUAUCGGGGGCAAAACUCAAUCGGAACAUCUACAAGCCUUAGAAGCGGUUUUCCAACGUCUCCUUAAUAACGGAUUGAAAUUGAGGAAAAAUAAAUGCGUUUUUUUGGCUAAGGAAGUAACUUACUUAGGGUAUGUCGUUUCUAGGGAGGGCAUCAAACCAGAUACAACAAAGAUAAAAGCGAUUUUGCAAAUGCCACAACCCCGUAACGUAUCAGAGCUAAGGUCGUUUUUAGGGACAGUAAAUUUUUUCGGUAGGUUUAUUAAAAAUCUCAGUUUAAUAUUGUCACCUCUUUAUAAACUAUUAAAAAAGGAGGCGGAGUGGCACUGGAGCAAGGAGUGCGGAGAAUCUUUCGUGCAAGUAAAACGAUUGUUGUCAGGCGCUAACGUAUUAAGGCAUUACGAUCCAAGUAAACGUUUGAUAGCAACUUGUGAUGCGUCACCCCGGGGGGUGGGGGCGGUUUUGACCCAAAUUGGACCGGACGGCGGCGAACGCCCGGUCGCGUACGCAUCUCGUACCUUAAACAGCGCGGAGGCGAAUUAUUCGCAGAUACACCGUGAAGCUUUAGGUAUUAUUUUUUGUGUCAAGAAAUUUCACCAGUACCUUUACGGACGUCAUUUCACAUUGCGCACAGAUCAUAAACCACUAGUAUCAAUAUUUGGACCGAAUACGGGUAUACCGACAAUGACAGCUAGCAGGAUGCAGCGGUGGGCAAUCAUAUUAUCAGCUUAU